AUGUACGUGCAAGAUAACUGCAGGACAGGCGGUUUUGUCUGCCCGUUCGCAGUUGCCAAGUACUGCUGCGAUGGCGAGGUGAGGACCUUCCCAAGCGUGAAAUACAGCUUCUUGCGUUUUAACGAGCUUCAGGAGCUCUACGAGCAGACGAAGAAGGACUUCGGUGAGCAGAGCCAGCGUGUGAUCGGCCACGUUGUCUGGUCGCCUGCUAUCACUGUCGGUACAACUCCGCAUGGCUUCGCCAAGGACGUUCGCGUCGUCGAGCUCGAAAAGGCCAUAUUCUGCCUAACCUUUAAGGAGAACGUUAUCGACUUAGUGCAGUUCGGCUUCAAGCACCCAGCCGAACGCCUCCUGGUGCUCAGGGACAGUCUCGUUGAGGAUUGCAUGCGCCAUCCCAAGACGAAGGACCACGACGGCGAAAACAGCCUCUACGUCCCCAAGCGCAGCCUUACCCCUCUUACCACGAUUGGUCGUGCCACUGGAUGCUUCUCCUAUCGACUCAGGCGCGUUUUCCAAGGGCGGAGACUCCGGGGCGAUGAUCGCCUGCGGCACGGGGAAUUUGGUGGCCUCCUUACUGGCGGGUCUGGCAGGACAGAUUCGUCGGAUAUUACUUAUGCCACGCCGAUGUUCUGGCUCUGGCUUAUCAUCAAGGCCGAGUUCUCCAAUGCCAACCUCUACCCGGUCUUCACCUAG